AUGGCUACGUAUUAUCGUGCUCAAUAUGCUCCACAACAAUACAGUACGAUGACUACCAUAUUAGCUGCAUUGCUGUUUGUACCUCUAAAAUUUCCCUUUCUGCGAUUUUGCGGAAUUGGAAUAUUGACGUCACAAGGCGGAUAUAGUUCUGAUAAUAUCCAGAAACUCCAUGAAGAUGUUCAUGAGGUAACUGGUUUGUUAAAAAAAAAUGUCGACAGUGCCAUUCAACGAGGACAGCAACUGGAUGAUAUCGAAGAUAGGGCUGAGCAAUUAAAUCAGUCUUCGAGGGAGUUUAGCGAUAAAGCUGUACGAUUGAAGCGUAAAUUGUGGUGGCAAAACACUAAGGGUGAUAUUACCAAUACUGUAUGCAAUAAGUCACGAAUUCGACAAUAG